AGUCGCUUUGGCCCAAGACAUGUCGAUUCCAUCGUCUGCCCGUCCUGGCCAGGGCCCAGCUGCGCCGUCCUGCUGGCAUGCAGAUCUUUGGCUCUGUCCGGUAUUGCUCGCCCUGGCGUCACACUUGUCGGGCUGCACCGCGGGGACAGCUAUGCCAGAGACACUUGCAGCGACCACCACGAGCGCAACCUCCAGCACCACCAAGCCUUCCUCGGCACCACCGGCGGGAUUUCCAUCUCCACCACCUCAAGCACCACCAUCGCUGCUGACGUGGGUUCAAGCACCACCGUCAUCACCGAGACGGCCCCGCCGACACCGAAGCCGACGUCUUCGACAGGGCCGUCGGCGCCUUCAGCUGUACCAACGGCAGCGCCGACGUCUUCGACAGGGCCUAUGGCGCCAUCAGCUGUACCGACGGCCUCGCCGACAUCUUCGACAGGGCCUUCGGCGCCAUCAGCUGAACCGACGCCCAAUUAUCAAGAUUUUGCAGAAGAGUGUUACGGAGAACUUGACGCCUUAACGGUUGACGAGGGUGAGGGUGUAGGGGAUGAAAUAUCAACCGCGUCGUCUGCUGAGUGUAUGGCAGGGUGCUCGGCAAACGCGAAUUGCAUGAGCUUCACCUUAUGCCCUCAGUUGAACGGCUGUUGGUUGAAAGACAAGAGCUUCUCCGGCGGCGAGCCUAGCCAGCAUUAUUCUGAAGGUCUGCGUCCUUCGCCGUCGGCUCCCCAUCCUGAUUCGCCUGCCGGCUGGCUGGCUUGCAUCGGUGGUUGGUUCGUCGGCUGGCUUAUGUGUUGGUUUGUUGGCGGCUUGUUGCUAAGUUGCUAUGUUUGUCGCCGCUCUAUUCAGUUUUUUCACAUAUAUCAAGACUGUCUGGGCAAGGGAGGGAAAACCCGCAGCGCAGUCUGUGGCCACGUGGCGGGGCCGGCAGACUUCGAUUGCUCGACCUUCUACAAGCGCUCGUGCAGCCCGACACGGGCGCCCACACCAGCGCCGACGCUGUCGCCAGACACGGCGCCCUACUGCGGCAUCGCCGUGGACGUCUAUGCCUGCCGUGAGGAGGUCGCGCGGCUCGAGGCGAUCGACCCAGCGGUCGGGAGCAGCUUCGGACAGAUGUGCAUGGGAUACGGCGGCACCCACCCACAGACUUGGGAUGGGCUGACAGCCGAGGACAGAGACAUGUGCACCCUGAAUAUUAACAACGACUGCAGCCACUGGUACCAGGACUUGGCGGGGGCGUGGCAAUGCGCCGCCGACUACGGGCUCAGCAAGAAUCCGGCCGAGUGCGACGGCCAUUAUUUUUUCUUGUGGGACGAACCGAUGACGCAAGGGCUCUCCGCCGAAUGGGCAGCGGACCAGUGGAAGGCACACGUGAAUACGUGGACCGCCGAGAUAGAGACGUUGCGCACGCGUGGCACGCGCGUCACCAGUCCCCUGUUCACCGACCACGGCGGGGCAGCCCAGGACAAGCUGCUGAGCUUCUUCGCACGCUGCGGCCCCGAAUGCAGCAACCCCGCCUCGCCCUACUACGUGGACUUGGUGGCGACGAACCAGUGGCUGCUGAACCCAUCGAGCGACCACGCCAUCCAGGAGGAGUGGAUCAAGAGUCAGGUGGCCGCGAUGCGCCAGGCGAACGGCGACCGGCCUGUUGUUCUGGGCAACUUCGCUUGGUUGGGGGCAUCCACGGCUGACCAGGCGGCGGACGCCAUCGCGCGCAGCCGCAUCUGGGACCCGUCGUGGUCGGGGCUGGAGGCCGUCUUCUAUUUCGCGGCGACGGACUACGGCGGCAACACGCUGUACCAUCGCCUCUCGGACACGACGAGCAGCGGUUCGACGGUCGGCGCGGCGCUCGUGGAGCGCUGCAGAGCAUACGGCCGGUGAGCGGCGGAAAUGGCAGACAUCGAUGGCGCGCAGACAGGUGGAGGCCGAGAGGGGCCAGCUUUCUGUGAAAUCAGGGAGUGAUGGGGGCAUGUGGAAGGCCCUCCCGCCCCGCGAGUGGGCCUUCUCAGAAGCCUCCGGGAAGCCUUCUAAGGCGCCCCCCCUGCCUGCACAGACGGCCUCCCCCUUCGCCCCGCCCCCUCGUCGCGAGCCGCCAGGAAAAAUUGGGUCUGUGCUGGAGGAGUUCGGUGUCCCAAUCCGACCUGCAGGGGGGGACAGAGCGCUCCUGCAGAGAACCUCUGCUCGCGCGCCCGAAUACGAGGCCCUGGGGGUCAGGACCUUCGCCGCAGCCCGGACCGCCUUUCAGGCCGCCUGGGGCGGGAGGUGUGUGUGUGUGUGUGUGUCUGUGUCUGUGUCUGUGUCUUUG